AUGAGGGUCUUGCUGGUGAGCAACACCACCACCACACUCUCACUAUCUUUCCCGCCAUCGCCGAAACCCUCAGCUCCGUCGCGAUUGGGCCCGGACUCGGUCCGUUGGGCCAAGAAAGCUCUCGUCGGAGCCCUAGGCGGGGCCCUCUCGCUCGGUCUUCUAGUCUCUUCUCCCUCUUCUUCUCUAGCGAUCGAGUCUCCUUCUCCUUCUCCUCCCUCCGUUCCAGAGUACUGCAGAGAAGACGAAGGUGACGUCAUCGCGGAGCCGGGAGCGCCGGAGCCGGUGGCGACGAACGAGGGGAUUGUGGAGGAGGCUUGGGAGAUUGUCAAUGACAGCUUUCUCGACACCGGUGGCCGGAGCUGGCUGCCGGAAAAUUGGAAGAUGAAGAAGGAAGAUAUAAGGACUAGUUCGAUCAAGACGAGAUCAAAGGCUCAUAAUAUGAUCAAGAGAAUGCUGGCUAGCUUAGGGGAUCCUUAUACGCGGUUUCUUUCGCCUGAUGAGUUCUCCAAGAUGGCGAGGUAUGACAUGAGUGGUAUUGGAAUAAACCUCAGGGAAGUUCUGGAUGACAAUGGAGAUGUGAAAGUGAAGGUAUUAGGACUUUUGUUGGACGGCCCUGCACAUGCGGCCGGUGUGAGGCAGGGCGAUGAAAUACUAGCUGUUAAUGGUGUGGAUGUGAAAGGGAAAUCAGCCUUUGAAGUAUCUUCCUCUAUACAAGGCCCUAAUGAAACAGUUGUUACUAUUAAGGUCAAGCAUGGGAAUUGUGGGCCUAUUCAAUCUAUAGACGUUCAGAGACAACUUGUUGCUCGAACUCCUGUCUUUUAUCGGUUGGAGCAAAUAGAAAAUGGAACCAGAUCUGUUGGCUACCUGCGCCUAAAAGAGUUCAAUGCAUUGGCUAGAAAGGACUUGGUAAUUGCUAUGAAGCGGCUUCAGGACAUGGGCGCCUCAUUUUUCAUCCUAGAUCUUAGAGAUAAUCGUGGUGGACUAGUACAGGCUGGAAUAGAAAUCGCAAAGCUAUUUCUAAAUGAAGGGGAGACGGUUAUUUAUACCGUUGGGAAGGAUCCCCAAUACCAACAAAAUAUUGUUGCAGAUACUGCACCAUUAGUGAAAGCUCCUGUUAUUGUUCUGGUGAACAAUAAUACUGCCAGUGCAAGUGAAAUUGUUGCUUCCGCUCUGCAUGAUAACUGUAAAGGUGUUCUGGUGGGUGAUCGGACAUUUGGCAAGGGCUUGAUUCAAUCUGUCUUUGAGCUUCAAGAUGGUUCUGGUGUGGUUGUAACUGUUGGCAAGUAUGUGACACCCAAUCAUAAGGACAUAAACGGAAAUGGAAUAGAGCCCGAUUAUCGAAAUUUCCCCGGUUGGAGUGACAUCUCACAACGGCUUUCACAGUGUAACACCCUUCCUAGGGGAUAAAUCUGUGCUUCGGUUCUGCAGGGUUUGGCCCAUAAAAAACCGAUGAUCAAACUAAGAAUGGCUUGCACGAAGGCAGCCGCGGCACUUUAUUGAAGUUUGACAUAGCAUAUAGAAGUGGGAUCCAAGUAUGAUUAACUUGCGCUAGGGUUAUACUGCAUUGAAAGCCGAUAUUCAAGUUUCCUUACGUUAAAUACAUCUACUUCCUUUGCACUUUGAACAGAUAACAAGCUGCAAGAGAUGGGCAUUGGA